AUGAGUGGCAGCCGGUGGGGCAAGAGGGGUGCUUGGGGCUACGCAGGAUAUGAACUGCGCCCAAAUCGCCUGGACCUGGACCCAAAUCUACCCGAGAGAAUCAUAUGCUCCCAGUGCGAGUACGAGCUUCCGCAGCGUCUUUUCUCCGCGACCCAAUUGGCGCAUUUGAACGAUGCGCUCGAUACCCAGGGUAUCAAGGCACUAGACAGCAAAGGUGAUUUCUCAGUCAAGUGCAUCAAAUGUGUUGAAGCGGGGAAAAAAGUCGAGUUCAAAUGCCGAUUUUGUAAUGAGUGGUUACCCGGGUGGCACUUUGCUCGUAGCCAACAUACCCAUGCAUUUCAGCAGUCCCACUCGCUGCCGGUCUGCAUGGCUUGCCAGGACAGAAACUUCGGCAACGUCAACCCCAGCCGGGCGGUGAUGCUCAGCUUGCCUGCACCACCUGAGGAGCUUGAGGAGGUUCCAGGGAUGGGAUUGUCAUCUCGCACGAUACUUCCGAAGUCGCCCAAUUUGAUUUUGGAUUGGGAUGAGAAUGAAGGCCUUGCUAGUGGUAGGGAGUCGCCGCCGAAUUUGAUUCUGGACUGGGAUGAGAAUGAGGGACGCCUUUCGAUAAAGUCGCCUAAUUUGCUUCUGGACUUGGAUGAGAGUGAAGGUGGCUCCGUGGGAGAGGAGGGACUUAUCCUCAAGGAGAAGCCUCUUUCUAGAGAAGAGGUUGAGAUAGCUCUCAGGUUAUCUCGGGAGACUGAACAGUGGCUGUGA